GGCGAACAACGGUUACGCAGUUCAUUGACAUGAGCUGUAAGUCUCUGAUGCUCAUUGUCGUUGGCGCACUGCUCUUUUAUCCAAUCGUGAUCAAGGCGACAUAUGUUAAAGCUAUUUCCAACGUGGAAACCUCUGACAAACGCUACAGGGAACGAGUCUUCGAUGACGUAAGCAGAGUUCUUUGUCUGUGUUUUGUCAUACGCGUAUGUUGUCAUACGUGCGUGUUGUUCAUAUUCGAUGCGUUGGAGCAAGGUUUUCCAGCAUAUAAAAAUGUUUCUAACCUGGCGAUAAACAUCAGUAUCCAGGGAGCAGCCUUUAACAUUGUAGACCAGUUUGACAUAUUCUGGACCUGGAUCAAAAGUUUUUUCGUGGAGAGCUGGAUAUUAGCUGCGAUCUAUUGCAUGUUCUACUGUAACUAAAACAUGAUCCAUGUUGUCAGUUUCAUAAAUUAAAAAAGUAAUUAAAUAAUGUAUUCGUCUGCUUUUAGUGGAGUCCUUUGAGAUUCGUGCGAUUG